AUGGGCAAGAAGCGCAAGAGACCUGGCAAAGCUGUUCGUCGGGGUCCGGCCUCGUCUCAGCCUAGUAUUACUGUAUCGCCCCAUCGUUUCAAAUCAUCUAUCGCCCUAGACACGCGACCCGGCCAAAUUACGCACCCGGUGAUCUCGCUCUACUACCGAGAGCUCCUCACCUUGCGCCAAUACCUCCUCACUCAGCUUCCCGUAUCUUCUAAGCUGCGGCGCCGGCGCAUCGCGUCUCUAGCGAACUCAACUGCCGAGCCCACGCAGUCAUUAGCCGACCUGCUCGAUUCCACGCUGGUCGGCGUCCUGAAACAAUCGACUCCGAGAGUGGACUCCGAACGCCAGCGAGACUAUCGCGCCUUCACCCAGUCCCAGUCGCGGUCCAUUCUCGUCAGCACGGACACCGGACCAACGUCGCCCCAAUCUGAGGUGGUCGACUUUGCUAUAGAGUCUCUUUUUAGAAAAGCCGGGUACCAAAGACCUGAACAUUUGCUCACGCAUGGCUUCCGUCGCCUGGCGGUUGGUCAAAAUGCCGUGGAUGUGAUUCCGGGGGUCGUGGCUCAGUUUCCGAAUCAUAAUGUUCGCAUCCUGAAGGAAGCGCCAUGGGCCGAUGUCCUGGGCCUGUUGGGUCAGAGCGGUGACGAGAUUAUGAUCCGCCUGCUGCUUGACUGUGGUAUCUUUUCUCCCAUCGAUGCGCGAAGGGGCAUCUACUUCCAGUUAAGUGGACUGCCGCUGUCAGGACUUCAGCAAAUCGGCGACUCGCAUUUCAAGAUUGAAGCCGACCAUCAAGCAGGGGCUGAAAAGGACGGUCAUGUGGUCCGGGGGAAGGCUCGAGGCCCGAACAGCAUCAUUCUACUUCGUCGCCGCAUGCUUUACAGCAGAACGACCGGUCCGGCAAAGGAAAAUGCGCCCUUUGGACUAGGGGUUACUCAUGUCUUCAACCGUUGUCCUUCACUAGACUCACAAGCACAUACAGUGCACGUGAUGAAAUACAUCUUUCCUCGAGAAUUCGGCCUCAGUAAUGUCUUCACCAUAUCAGCAGAUUCAAAGAACUGCUUUGACAUGCUUUCAAGUCACAAUUGCCGUGAAAAUGACAUAGCACGCGAUGAUGAAAAAAGAAGACAAAAGCGCUGUCAAUCCAGCGGUGAUCAGUUACGAGAGGAGCUAGGAGGAAACUUCUCGGAAAGAGUACCGAAACGACUCCGGGGAAAGGCUUUGGAGUUGGUCCGCAGGCUCCGGUUGAACCAUGCCCGGUGCUCGUAUGGUGAACUUUUGAAGUAUUAUUGUCCCCACCCUGUUGGGCCAUGGAAAUUAGAUGUCGCUACCUCUCCGGCAAAAGCGGCAGCCAAAGCCGGCGAGCCAGGGUCUUCCUUGGAUCACAGCUUGGUGACACAACUGCAAGCAAAAUCACCGCUUCCAUGUCGAGUGGCGGAAAGUCCCAGCAGUGGCCUACCUCCGCAAGAUAUUCCUAAUAACAAGAGAGAAGGGGAAGAAGAGGGCCACUCACGAGUCAAGCAGCCCAAGCUGAGCUUAACUGAUUAUGCGACCCCUGCCUCUUCCGUUUCCGCGUUCUGCCGCGCUGUUCUCCAGAAGUUGAUACCUCACACCUUCUUUGGGGACGGGCCGCACGGUAUAAGCAAUCGCAGAAUCGUACUGAAACACGUCGAUUCACUGAUCAAAAUGCGGAGAUAUGAGAGCCUCAGUCUGCAUCAAGUGUGCAAGGGACUCAAGGUCACAGAAAUUCCGUGGCUAGUCCCUCCAAAGUUCUACUCGGCUGGGGAAAAGUCCCCGAAGCUCUCUAUGUCUGAUUUCCAAAAGCGCAUUCAGCUCUUGCAUGAAUUCAUUUUCUUCAUCUUUGACUCCAUUGUGAUUCCUCUUGUCCGGGCAAACUUCUAUGUCACUGAGUCCCAAACUCACCGAUGUCACCUUUUCUACUUUCGCCAUGACGUAUGGCAGCGCCUGACAAAGCAAUCCCUCGCUGAACUGAAAGCAGCAAUGUUCGAGGAGCUUGAGCCGAGAAAGGCUAAACGUAUGUUAGCCCGGCGCUCACUUGGUUACGGCUCACUUCGCUUGCUUCCAAAAGCUACCGGCCUACGGCCUAUCUUGAACUUGCGACGCCGAGUAAUGAAAGGAACAGAUUGGCGGGGGAAAAAAUUUGCGACCAGCAUCAACUCCACUAUCACGCCCAUCUACAACAUAUUGACGUAUGAGCGACAGCAAGCGCCCGCGAAGAUGGGUGCAUCCAUAUCUUCGGUAGGAGACAUGCAUCCACGAUUAAAGGCGUUCAAGAUGCGAUUGACCCAACAGCUGCCGUUAUCGUCCGUGAAGGCCUCCGGCGAGCUACCUCGGCUUUACUUUGUCAAACUUGACAUUCAGGCUUGCUUCGACACCAUUCCGCAGCAGAAACUUCUGCAACUCGUUGAAGAGCUCGUCUCUCAUGAGACCUACCAUAUCACCAAACAUGUGGAAAUUAAUCCCCGUAGCGUCGACCCGCGGGGAAAUCCUAGUCGCAAGUUUGCAGCACGUGCAGCCCCUGUCACCAAGCAACAGCAUCUGCUAAACUAUAUCGCUAGCGGAGCUCACCCACGAAAGCCAAAUACUGUCUUUGUCGAUACUCUCAGCCAGAAGGUACAGGGCGCUGAGGAGCUGUUAGACCUUCUUGAUGAACACGUGCGCAAUAACUUGGUCAAGAUGGGCAAGGAAUUCUACCGUCAGCGCAAUGGUAUCCCACAAGGCUCUAUUCUUUCCAGUCUCCUAUGCAAUUUCUUUUACGCAGAGCUAGAACGCACCGUGCUGGGAUUUUUGCAACCUUCAGAGUCUCUACUCAUGCGACUCAUCGAUGACUUCCUUCUUAUCACCACCAAUCCCGACCAAGCAACACGAUUUCUGCAGGUCAUGCUUCGCGGUCAGCCCACAUAUGGUGUUAAGGUUAAUCCAAGAAAAAGUAUGGCGAACUUCACAGCUGCAGUCGAUGGUAUUCACGUCCCCCGGUUGGAGGGAACGUCGCUUUUCCCCUACUGUGGAUGUCUAAUUAACACACAUACGCUUGAGAUCCACCAGGAUCGCGACCGAAUGCUCGAUGGUGGGGAGUCUGCUGCCGUCAACCUCUCAAACGCUCUGACAGUCGAGACAAACCGCCUUCCAGGUCGCACGUUUACACGUAAAGUCCUGACAACAUUCCGACUGCAGAUGCAUCAGAUGUAUCUCGACGAGGCCCAUAAUUCGCGCAACACAGUGCUCGCCAACCUCUACACCAGUCUGGUCGCGUCAGCCAUGAAGAUGUACCGAUACAUGAAAUCCCUCCGCGGGCGCGCCCAUCCCGAGCCACCGAUCAUCAUCCAGACCAUUCAUGCAUUGAUCAUGCAAACGAUCAAUAUGAUACACGCUCGUCGUGCAUCUAGCACCGCGCCCUUGAAAUGCUUCGUUCAGCUGUCUCAUAUACAGUACCUGGCUGCCGCCGCCUAUCGGUUUGUGCUGAAGCGCAAGCAAACACGAUAUGCGCCGGUCCUCCGCUGGUUAGACUCGGUCGGGAAAGAGUCACGACCCACAGCAAACGGGGAAGCUGUCCGGUUGAUGCAAGUGGUGAAGCGAGGGGAUAUUCUCUUUGAAGGAUGGCGAUUCUAG